GGUUUAUAUCAGAAUAAAACGUGUUAAAACUGGAUUUAUUCGUGUUUUAAGGUGGUAAUGGUCUGAUUGUGGGGUAAACGCGCUUCAGCAUGUUCUGUAGAGAUCAGCAAAGAUCAGAGUCCGGAUUUACUGCUGUUUUUUUACUGGUGUUUUGCUGUGAGCCGGACUCCUCCCCCUCCAGAGGGGCGGGGUUUUGUAAUCUAAUCUGUGGAGGCUUUAGAAGCGAAUUCCUGCAGAAACCCGCUUCAGCAGCAGCAGAUCCUCAGCGAGAGCUCCCCCGUUAUUCUCAUAAAAAUGUCUUAUCCACCCGGUCCCGCUAUGUACCCUCCUCCAGUGAUGGGCAUGCAAGCUCCUGUGAUGUACAACUCUGUUCCUGGAUAUGAGGGUCUUGUCCCUGGGGCGAGCGGUGGCUUUAUCCCUCCUCCACCUGUACAGCCCAUGCCAACUCCUGACUCACAGCCAGCGCAGGACUGGAGUAUUCCCGCUCUGAGUGAGGAAGCUGCUCGAGAGGCGUUUUGUAAACAUGUAGACAGCAACUGCUGCUGGUCUUCUGGUCCAGCGAAAGACGGAGUGAUCACCAACAAGGAUCAGUUCAACACAUAUCGCUACCGGCUGGAGACCUACACCGAGUCCAGGAAGACGGACUGGGCCACAAAACCUUAUGAUGGUCAGCCGGUGAACGCUUUCACUCAGCCUCCUCCGGGUCCCUGGCAGAUCCCCGUCACGCCCCCGGACAUGUUUAAAGACUGUGUGAAGGAGGUCGAAGUUCCCUACACCUCAUCGAUUAAGCCAUGUGAGAAGUGCACAGCCACGGGGAAGUGUGCCUGUGUUGCGUGUACUGCAGCCGGAAACAAAAUGUGCGAGAACUGCAGUGGCUCUGGGAAAGUCUCUGCAGAGGAAAGCUGCAACAGUUGCAAUGGAACAGGAAGAAAAAAGUGUUCUGAUUGUUCAGGCCACGGAGUUAAAGAGUGUGAAACCUGCAAAGGGAAGGGACAGCUGCUGUCCUACAUUAAACUCACGGUGGAAUGGAAAAACAACGUUGAGGAUUAUGUAGCAGAGCAGGCCAGCGGUUUGAAGAUGGAUAAGCUGGAUAGUGUCACUGGGAAGCAGCUCUUUAAAGAUACCAAGUACAUGGUCUAUCCACUGAUGGGCUUCCCAGACCAGAACAUGGUCCAGGCUUCUGAUAGAAUGGUCCGGGAUCAUCACAGCAAAUAUUCCCAGUCAGCUCGCAUCCUUCAGCAGCAACAAACUGUUGAACUGAUUCCCAUCACCAAAGUGGGCUACCAGUGGCAGGGAAAGCCCUACAUUUACUACGUUUAUGGCAACGAAGCAAAAGUCAAAGCUGAUGAUUAUCCAGAGACCUGCUGCUGCGUUAUACUGUAAAACCUCAUGUGGAGAAAUAAACGCCAUGAGUAUGCCUAUAAUAAUGGAAUAUUAAUCAUAGUGUUACUAGGUUAGAUUAAAUGUUUAAAAUAUGUUUCUGAAUUAAAAAUAUAUCACACAGUUCACAUCUGCACGAUACUGGGGAAAAAAUGACAUUUCUAUAUUUUUAUGUUCUGCUAUAUGUAUUGCAAUAUUAAAAAUAAUAUAAUAGUUAAAUCGUUAAACAGAUUUUCCCAAAAGAUAAUGAUCCAACAUGCCAACAUAUUAGUUAUAGAAAAUAUGUAAUAAAUACACAAUUUGUCAUAGUUAUGUAUAUAUCUAAUAUAAUGAUUUAUGUCAUAUACUGCAUUACUUGUCUGAGCAUGGUAUGAAAUAUGUAAAAGUAAAUACUGCUGUUAUUAACUGUUAUUAACUGUUAUUAACUGUUACUGUUAAAUACAAGUCAAGUCAAGAGGCUUUUAUUGUCAUUACAUCUGAGUACAGGUACACAGUGUGAUGAAAUUACGUUCCUCCGGAACCAUGGUGCAACAUAGAACAACAAGCAAUAGACAACAUAAAGUGCAGGAGUGACGGCAGUGCAUUCUAUGCAUUUGUAAGCAAUGGCUUUUACUAACUCUCUUUACAACUUAGUAAGUACAACAAAUAACAACUAAUAAGACUGUUAUAUUUUAUUAAUCACUUAAAUAUAUAUUAUUUUCCAGGGCAGAAAUACUAACAGCUACUAAUAUUGUAUUAUGAUAUGCUGUAAGAGGCCUUUCUGUGAGCAAACCACUAUAUAUAUAGAGAUGUGAGCUUGUGCCUUGCAAUGCAUAUGUACUGUAAUUGAAUAUAUAUAUAUAUAUAUAUAUAUAUAUACACUGUGUUCCAAAUUAUUAUGCAAAUAAUAUUUUCUCAGAUUUACCAAAAUUACCUAUAUGAAUUGCAGUUAUUGUAAUUUUCCAGUCAUCAACUAUUAUAGUACAAUUGAAAGAUUUUUGAACAAACUGCCAAUGAUAACAGUAUAAUUAAAAAAUAAAUAAAACACUCAAAUUGCACUCAAAAUGCAUGUUCCAAAUUAUUAUGCACAGCAGAGUUUUCAACCUUUUCAUUUUUAUAAAGAACAAAAAAUGGUCAUUUGUGAAAUUAUAAGCAUUAGCAGGUUAUUACAAACUGAAAUCAAACAGUUUUCCAUUCAAAACUUUUUUCUAGGUGAUGUUACAUUUGCACAUAGGACCCCUUGUUCGAAAGGAUCUUCUGAAUUUUCUCGUUCAUUUAAUUUGUCAAGUUUUGGAUGGUAUCUGCUUCAAUUGUCGUGCAUGAGGACAGAAUACCCUCCCAGAGCUGUUGCUUACAUGUGAACUGCCUCCCACCCUCAUAGACACUCCUUUUGAUGAUGCUUCAGAGGUUCUCAAUGGGGUUGUGGUCAGGGGAGCAUGGGGGCCACACCAUAAGUUUGUCCCUUUUUAUGCCUAUAGCAGCCAGAGAUGCAGAUGUGUUCUUUGCAGCAUGAGACGGUGCAUUAUCAUGCAUGAAAAUGAUCUUGCUGUGGAAUGCGCGGUUCUUCUUCUUGAACCAUGGCAGGAAGUGCUGUUUGAGAAACUCCACAUACAUAUAAAAUAUUACCUUAUCACUCCUAAACACUUUUUGCAUAAUAAUUUGGAACACAGUGUAUAUAUAUAUAUAUAUAUAUAUAUAUAUAUAUAUAUAUAUAUGAUGAAUAAUGAAUGUACUUAAAAUGUUAUAAUAUCACCAUGAAAUACAGCCAGUAAAGCCAUUUCAGAUACAGGGUUUUUAUUUUGUACUAAUGUUACAACAUAUAAAAUAUGUCUACCAAUAAAUCUUACCUCUGAUUAAUCUAAA